AUGCUGCAGCUCAAGCCCCUCCUCUCCCAAUUUCUAAGAUGCAAUGUGGGUGAUGGUAAACAUGCCUCCUUCUGGUAUGACUUUUGGAUAGAUCUCGGUCCAUUAUUCCUGAUGCUUGGCUCCUCGGUAUCUCGCCAGCUACAGGUUCCCCUCUCUGCUUCAGUUUCGGAUGCAGUUGUGAAUGGUGACUGGUUCUUUCCUCCUGCUCCCUCAGAAGAUGCAGUUACCCUCCAAAUUGUUAUGUCCACAACCAGGGUGCCAACUCCUUCGUCCGGCCCUGAUGUGUAUCUGUGGAGAGGUCAAACCGGUGGGUUUGUCUCAGACUUCUCCUCUCAUGUGAAGUGGAACAGGUUGCGUGCAACUGCUCCUAUGGUUCCUUGGUAUGAAGUGGUGUGGUUCAAGGAGGAAAUCCCUCGUUGUUCUUUUGUUACUUGGCUCGCUAUGCUGGCUAGAUUGCCAACAAGGGAUCGUUUGCUUUUGUGGGGUCUUAAGGUACUGGGUUCUUGUGUUUUAUGUGAUGAUGGCACUGAGUCUCAUGAUCAUCUUUUCUUCAACUGCCCUUUUGCGGUUGGGAUUUGGUCUAAGCAUUGUGGUCGCUUCAUUAUCUCAUCUCCUAUUAUUCUGCAUGCGGUGGUUCUCUGGUGUUCUCAAUACCAGGGCCUUUAUUCCGUUCAGACUAAGGUCAUCUUCAAGUUGCUCCUGCAGGUCAUUGUGUGCAGCUUGUAG